CAUUCAAUGCCUCAUCCAUUUAAUCCCCUGCAGAAUCCUAAUUGCAAGGUCUGGGACAACAGAAGCUGGAAAGUCGUGCUCCUGAAGGAGAGGGAGAGGGGGAUCAAGCCAAAGGAAAUAAGCGAAAAGAUGAGAGCUUGGAAGGAAUUGGGUGUGGUUGACACCAUCUAUGAAGAUGAUCAAGAAGAAGAAGAUGAAGAAGAAGAAGAAGAGAGAGAGNNNGGAGAAGAAGAAGAAGAGAAAGAGGAAAAGAGAUAUGGAGAUUUCUUCAAUUCCAUCUCACCGAGUCCCUCUGCCACCACCACUCCAUCUCCUCUCUCCUCUUCACCUCCACUUUCUCUCCAAAGCAGAGUAGAUGCUUGGUCUCGGGCCACCGGAUGUAAGACGGACGUGGUCAUCCAUGUUCAUGAUCGAUGCUUCCAUCUUCACAGGGAUCUACUUAUAACGCGGAGCGCUUACCUAAGACGCCAACUAACGGAAUCCUCCGACAUCACCGUCAACCUGCCGUCAGCAUUAACGGCUGAGACAUUCGCGGACGUCGCCUGCUAUUGCUACGGCGCCGACGUCGUCAUAACGCCGUUCAACCUCGCGGCCCUCCGGGUGGCGGCGGAGUGGCUGGAGAUGGAGGGGAACGGCGGCCUGCUUCGGCGGACGGAGGCGUACUUCUUCGAUGAGGUGGCAUCCGAUGCCGGGAAGGCGGCGGUGGUGCUCCGGUCGUCAGUGGCGAUGCUUGCCCAGGGGACGGAGGUGGCGGCGGCGGCGUUGGUGGAGAGGUGCAUUGAGGUGCUAGCGGGGUCCGACGGCGUCGGCGGCGAGUGGCUGGACGACGUGGCGGCGCUUUCUGCCGAGGAGUUUCGGAUGAUCGCCGAGGCGAUGCGUGCGCGGUUUGCCCAUGACCACGAUCUUCUCUAUAAGAUCGUAGACCACUACCUCCAGAACCAUAACGGCAAGUUAACAGAGGAAGAGAAGAACAUGAUAUGCUAUACAGUGAGUUGCACCAAGCUCUCCCUCCCCAUCCUCAUGCACCUCGUCCAGAACCCCCGCCUCCCCCUCCGCUUCGUUGUCCAGGCCAUGCUCAUCGACCAGCUCCACACCCGCAGCUCCCUCGCCGCCACCUCCACCACCACCACCGCCGCCACCGUGAAGCCCCUCAACAACCGCCGCGGCGGCGAAGACGUAACCCUCGGUGCGAUCCUCCAGCGCGAUGCAGUCUUCCGGCAGUCGGCCCAGCUCCGGGCCACCAUGGAGGCCACCAACUUCCGGAUCCAGAGCCUGGAGCGGGACCUCGCCAGCCUCCGGGAGCGGCUGAGGUGGUCCGAGGAGAAGCGGGCCGAGAUGGAGCCGAUUCGGUCGGCGAGCUUUCGCAUUGUCCGGCACGUGGGGGAGGAUGGGCCGGCGGCAGAGGUGGUCAGGCCUUCAGGGAAGUCAUGCAGUGGAAGUUCUUCGAGGAGUGGGAGAGGUUUCGGCCAAAGAUUGAUGCAGGGGUUGAAGAGCAUGUUUCGGAGGCCUAGCGGCGAGAGUGAGGAGGUGGUGGCUGCGGAGGAGAAGCGGCGGGGCCACCGGAGGAAUCGCUCUGCCUGAUAUACUAAUAUUGAUACUGGUCUUCUUUUUUUUUUUUAUUAAUUUUUGUCUUGCAUUUGUUCGAAACUGAAAGGUUACGGUAAAUUUUCUGAUGCUUUAAAUAAUGUACUCUGAUUUCGUUUAGGGGAUUUAACAUUGGCAGCAGAAUUUGCCGGGCGUCGGCAGUGACGCUGGGAUUAGAGCUGCAGGAACUAAAAAUUGUUUUGAGUUGGCUGGUUCCUAUGGAUCAAUUCACAAUUUUAAGAGGAGUGAGAUGCAGAUUUGCUUCUUGACUAUGGAACCUAAGCGUGCCUCUCAAAGAAGUGUCUUUUGUGGCUUUGUUGGAGAAAAAGGAUCAGCAUCAGAUUCAUCAUCAGCAAGAAGCUUGGGAAAGAUUUGAGAGGGUCCGUGCUGUGUAAAAACUCAGUGGAAAUAGUUUUUUUUUUCAUGAAAAACCCAGUGGAAAUAGUUGAUCACUUGUUUUUGGAUUUCUCUUUCUUCACCACAAUCUGAUGGUUCAUCUGUUGUUCUUGGAGUGCUUCAAUCGCACGUUUGUGUCUAGAAUUUUUUUUAUGAGAAGUGAGGG